AUGGGUGACCAGGCAGCUGUGUGCAUGUGUCACACAGGCCACUGGUACUCCCAGCCCACUCUGCAGGGUCCUGUUUCUCUGUCUCUGGGUGUUGACCUACCUGGGGGCCUCCGUCAGAUGUCUGUUGACUCAGUGGCCACUCACGUGGGAGUGCUGGGGGAGAGUACUGACCGUCAUCCUCCUUGGGGGCCCCCAUCCCCAGCAAGUGCCCCAGCACCUGCGGCCCGCAGCCACACCCACUUCCUCCACCGCCAGGGACCGCCUCCUCGGACCCAGGUUGGCACAAAGAGAGGCAAGCGGUCAAGGAUGGCAGGGGUCCAGCGGAGCCGCCCCCGGGCAACAGGCUGGGCCCAUGAGAGAUCAAGGGGGAGCCACGGAGAGGAUGGGCUCCUACGUCAGCUAAGCCAGCUGGACCAAGAUGCAGAGCUGGACGAUGCUGACACUGCCAGGCCCCGGGCCGCCCUCCUGGAGAAGCACCCGCUGGAGGGGGAGAAGCAGCCGCCCGGCACCGAGCAGGGCCCCUUCUUCUACAUCGGAGGCACCAACGGGGCCUCAAUAAUCAGCUCCUACUGCAAAAGCAAGGGCUGGCAGCGCAUCCAGGACAGCCGGCGGGAAGACUACAAGCUCAAGUGGUGCGAGGUCAAGUGCAGGGACACCUACUGCAGCUUCCGGGAAGGCGAGCAGCUGCUGUACCAGCUCCCCAACAACCAGCUCCUCACCACCAAGAUCGGGCUUCUCAGCGCCCUGAGGGAGCACGCGCGGGUCCUCAGCAAGACCAGCAAGCCGGCCCCCUGCGCGCAGGCCAAAUCUGGAAAGGACACGACACCCGGCCCAGAAGAGCUCAUGUGGAGCGGCCCAGGACGCCUUGGGCCCCAGAGGGUCCUGAAAAUGGAAGACUUUUUCCCAGAGACCUACCGUCUGGACAUCAGGGACGAGAGAGAGGCUUUCUUCACCGUCUUUGAUGAAACCCAGAUGUGGAUCUGCAAGCCCACCGCCUCCAACCAGGGCAAAGGCAUCUUUCUGCUCCGGAACCAGGAGGAAGUCGCUGCCCUCCAAGCCAAGACCCAGAGCAUCGAGGACGACCCCAUCUACCGCAAGAUGCCCUUCCGGGCGCCUCAGGCGCGGGUCGUGCAGAGGUACAUCCAGAACCCGCUGCUGCUGGAUGGGAAGAAGUUCGACGUGCGCUCCUACCUGCUCAUCGCCUGCGCCAUGCCCUUCAUGGUCUUCUUCGGUCACGGCUACGCUCGCCUCACCCUCGGCCUUUACGAUCCCCAUUCCAGCGACCUCGGUGGCCAUUUAACCAACCAGUUCAUGCAGAAGAAGAGCCCCCUGUACCUGCUGCUCAAGGACGACACGGUGUGGAGCAUGGAGCACCUUAACCGCUACAUCAACGACAAGUUCCACAAGGCCAAGCGCCUCCCCCGGGACUGGGUCUUCACCACCUUCACGAAGCGGAUGCAGCAGAUCAUGGCCCACUGCUUCCUGUCUGUCAAAUCCAAGCUCAAGUGCAAGCUGGGCUACUUUGACCUCAUUGGUUGUGACUUCUUGAUCGAUGAAAACUUCAAGGUGUGGCUGCUGGAGAUGAACUCCAACCCCGCCCUGCACACCAACUGUGAAGUCCUGAAAGAGGUGAUUCCCGGCGUGGUCAUGGAGACCCUGGACCUGGCACUCGAGACCUUCCAGAAGAGCCUGCGCAGCCAGAAGAUGCUGCCGCUGCUGUCCCAGCGCCGCUUCGUGCUCCUGCACAACGGCGAGGCAGACCUGUGGCCGCGCCCGGGGGGCUCCCGCAGCGUCCCCCGCCCGCCGUCGCGGCCGCCGCCGCCCCGGCUCGCCUGCGAUGCCGCGCCCGCCGCGCCCCACGCUCUCCGCGCCGCCGGCAGGCCGGGCGCGCGCAGGCCCGCGCCACGUCGGGGCCCCAGCGGCGCGCCCGGGCCGCCCUCCUCCGCACAGCGGCGCCCCCGGCCUCCGACCCCCAGCCCCAACGGCGCCCAGGGCGGGGACCCCGAGGCCCCGGGCGGCGGGCGGCCGCGAGUGGGCGGCGGGUAG